GUGGGAAAUGAGCGGGGAGUAGAGGACUGAGGAAACAUCGUGCUCAUUUGCCUGUUUUUCCAGACGGGGUCUUGCUGUGUCCCCUAGGCUGGCCUCCAGUUUGUCGACUCCUGCCUCAGCCUCCGGAACGCUGAGGUUACAAGUGUGCACACCAGGUCCAUCUUGCCUUUCCAGAAUCAGUAUUCCACGGUCCUCGUGUCUGUUUCGUUAGUGUGUAAACUUUUCCCCAAAGAGCUACCGUUGAGCCAGGAAGUUGCAGUUCUUUCUCCUCUCCAGAAUUAUUGGCAAAUCUUUCUUCCCACUUCCUAAAGAAAUAACCAACAAUUUCCCAUGCUUUCCUGAGUAAUGGUUGGAAAUAUGUACAUAUAACUAUGCAACAGGAAUGAGAUCAGAUACUGGGAGCUGCUAGAAGAGUUUCAUUCAUUUUCAAGAAAACCCCUGCUGGGUUGAAGCUCACUGUUAAGAGUACCUGCAAACAUCCUCACAGCCUCGGCUAGGCUCCUCAGCUCCUCCCCGGAAAACAUACUUCACAAACGAGAAAGAAACACAGCUCUUUUGAAAAGGACUCAUACCACUCCCAAGACAAAGAUAAUGAAUGCACCUGACCUCUGGAGGCCCCCGGAAGUACAGUUUUGCUUUGCGGUGGCAAACAAUUCCUGCCCUAGGAAGGAGAGGCCCAUGUUGGUCGUCUGUGCCAUGUACCUUGUCAUGAUUGGCGCAAUAGUGAUGACCAUGCUGGGAAACAUGGUUGUGAUCAUUUCUAUUGCCCACUUCAAACAGCUCCACUCCCCAACCAACUUCCUUAUUCUCUCUAUGGCCACCACGGACUUCCUGUUGAGCUGUGUGGUCAUGCCUUUCAGUAUGAUCAGGUCCAUAGAGUCCUGCUGGUAUUUUGGAGACCUCUUUUGCAAAGUUCACAGCUGCUGUGACAUCAUGCUCUGCACCACCUCCAUUUUCCACCUCUGCUUCAUCUCAGUUGACCGCUACUAUGCUGUGUGUGAUCCUUUGCAUUACGUCACCAAAAUCACCAUCCCUGUCAUAGAGGUCUUUCUACUUGUCAGUUGGUCCAUUCCCAUCUUUUUUGCCUUCGGCCUGGUAUUCUCAGAAUUAAAUUUGAUCAGUGCUGAGGAUUUUGUGGCAGCCAUUGACUGUACAGGUUUGUGUGUGUUGAUAUUUAACAAGCUGUGGGGAGUGUUAGCUUCCUUCAUAGCCUUCUUUCUGCCUGGGACAGUCAUGGUGGGGAUUUACAUACACAUUUUCACAGUUGCCCGAAAGCAUGCCAGGCAGAUUGGUACAGGUCCUGGGACAAAACAGGCCCUCCCAGAAAGCAAGGUGAAGGUCACAUCCAAAAAAGAAAGCAAGGCCACCAAGACUUUGAGCAUUGUCAUGGGAGUGUUUGUGUUGUGCUGGCUGCCAUUUUUCAUUUUGACAAUCGUAGACCCUUUCAUUGAUUUUACAACCCCUGAAGAUUUGUAUAAUGUUUUCCUCUGGCUAGGUUAUUUUAAUUCCACUUUCAAUCCCAUCAUAUAUGGCAUGUUCUAUCCUUGGUUUCGCAAAGCCCUGAGGAUGAUAGUCACAGGAAUGAUCUUCCGUUCUGACUCUUCUACCUCAAGCCUGCAUCCUGCACAUUCUUAGACAAUGCCCUCCCUUUAGCCUAGCUUAUUAUUAUUAU